CUGCAAAGCCGGUCACUCCAGAUGCAUAUCCAGCUAGCACGUCUGCAAACUCAGCUACUCCGGCUGCAGAGUUAGCUUCUCCGGCUACAUUGCCAGCUACCCUGGCUGCAGAACCAUCUACUCCGGCUCUAGGAGCCACUACCCCGAAGAUAGAACUAUCCACUUCUAUUGUAGACUCAGCCACUCCUGUUGCAGACCCAGCAACCCAAACUGUAGGGUCAACUGUUCUGUCCACAGAAGCAACUACUCCAUCUGUAAAACCAGCUCUUCCGGCUGCAGAAUCAGCUACUUCAACCGCAGACCAAACCACUUCUUCUGCAGACAAAUCCACUCCGGCUGCAGAACUAGCUAGUCCAGCUUCAGAAGCAGCUACCUUGUCUGCAAAACCAGCUACUCCGGCUGCAGAGCCAACUAUUCCGGCUGCGCUGCCAGUUACUUCAACCCCAGAGUCAGUCACUCCAGGUGCACCGAUCACUAUAGCCGAAUCAAGAACUUCAGUUAUGCCCCAUAGUUUAUCUGCCGACAUGGCCAUUCCGACUGUGGAAUCAAUCAGUACUGCUGUAAAACCAAUUUCGUCUCCGAACGAAGAACCAACUGUUUCGGCUUUAGAUAGAACUCCGGAAACGAUAGUAGCCAUUCCAGCUACACAACCACAUAUUCAGAGUGUGGAAACAACUGCAUUUACACUCAACGUGGUACAAACUUCAGACAGAAUCCCUGUUUCUAAUAAUACAGUACCUGGUCUAGAACAAACAAGUUCAGCUACAGAAAAGGGCCCUUCAUCUAUUCAACCGGAACCUCUAGUCACAGAAAGAAUUCCACUUGCAGAAUCGACAACUUCAGUACAUUCGACACCUCCGGCAACAGAUAUGAUGCUUUUGGUUACAGACCUAACAACUGGAACAUAUGUCACGUCUCCGUCUGCAGGAACAAUAAUUCCGGUUGAGACAAAGACAAACCCUAUUCCAGAAACAACCACUCCAUCAGCUACAGAACCAACGACCUUCACCGUAAAAGAAAUAAUGUUUGCUGCAGAAAGUACAACAACUCCAACUAAGAACCUUCCGGUUGCCUCGUCAACUAUGUCGGGAGAGAAAAGGACUACCAGGGCAUCAAAAAGGCAGACAACAACUGCCAGUCCUCCACGACCUGGCCUUGAAACUGCACAAGUAUUUGACGCCGUGUUGGGCAAAAUCACUAACUUGUCCAGUAAUCUUCGCACUGCAACAGAAUCACAAGUGAAGAAACUCAAAGAAAUCUGGUUGGUGUUCAAGCUUUACUUAGACACAUUAAACAAUAAGACAACUGACAAAUCUACAAUCAAUGCAACAUUUCUUCUUUCGACUCCGGAAGAAGUUAAAAUUUGGAAAAAUUUAUUUGAAAAUUUCAUCGAUAAAAUGCGAAAUAGUACAGGCACGCAAGUGACAAAAAUAAUGGCAGCAUGGACUGCCCUCAACAAAUUUCUGUUGUCUUAUAAAGGGCCUCAGACAAAGAAACCGGCAGUGAUUCAAGUAAAAACAACUUCUCCGAAUAAAAAGAGCACUCCCCAAACAACGGUCAACGUCCCCGUUACCCACGUCGCAACUACAAGAUUGGAUAAUGAUCAUGGAAUUCAUAUUAUCGCCGCCGAGAGCCAACCAGUAAACAGCCUUACUUCUAGGACUGCAGCUAUUCAGCAACCGCAUAAGUUGGCUGACCAAAUUGAGAAACUUCAAAAUCGAUUGAAGCAGUCCACAAAGAAGCAGUUGGAAAAAUACAGAGAAAGCUGGAUGGUUUUCAAAUUUUACUUGGAUUCCUUUUCACCUGAAUCGAGACCCAACAGGAUGCCUGUAGCUUACACGGACUUCACACUUUCAACCCCAGAGGAAGCAAACAGAAAUCGCCAAAUGUUCCUGGAUUUUGUUACAAAUUUGCGACUUACAACAGAGUAUCGAACAGACACAGUAUUGGAGUACUGGCAGGAAUUGAAAAAUCUUUUAGAUUCCUAUCAAGGAAUAGACGCAGAAACAAAUGAAAAAAGUAAAGAAAGAAAUCCUCGCUCUUUUGAGGCACGUCCACAAAGUAACCGCAAGGAUCAAUCACCGGCCGUUGUUGCUGAACAAAAUAAGCACAUUAGCAUUGCCCAGCCGCAUAAGGAUGGCGAAACCAAGAUAGCCGUGCUUGCUAAAUUAGCAAAAAUAGCUUAUGAACUGCAACGAUCUACAAGUUUAAAGUUGAGUCAAUUUAAGGAAAACUGGAUACUUUUAAAACUGUACUUGGAUUCUCUCGAAAGCAAUUCAACCGAUGCAACAAUGAACUAUCACUUUUUGUUCUCAAAUGCGAAGGAGCAAAAAUAUGUACAUGAACUGUACGCUGGCUUUGUGCAGAAUCUUCGACGUAAUCCAGACUUUCCCUUGGAACAACUUAUGCAAGCUUGGCAAGUGCUAAAUGAGUUUCUCAAUUCAUACAAAGGAGUCGACGCGAACUACCAAAUUACAUCCGCCGAUCCAGAUAGUAAUCACAAGCUAGACCCAGCACAUCCCGCAAACGCGAUUUCUCCGACGGAAGAACUGGCAUUUCAAAAGUCCUUAAUCAAAGAAAUUGGAAAACUUUCUCAACUGUCAUGAAUGAGACAAAAUGUAUGAGUGAAGGUUUCAGAAAAAAAUAUAUUCGGCAA